GAAGCCGGCCUGCAGGACAUGCAUUUGGAGAGCAAGCACGGCGGGCCGGGCUCCAGGGUGCUGGAGGUGGAGCUGCACCAGACGUCUGCGCCAGCGUGGGCCAGCCCUGGAGGGCCACCACGCGGGGGACCAGCCGCCAGCACAGGCAGCAGCAGCAGGCCGCAGGGAGUGAACGGGCCAGACUUCCGGAGUGCCCGCCCCAGCCGGGCUGCUGGGCCCAGCUGCUGGGCUCCAGAGAGCCAGGCUUCCGGCGCCUUGCUCACGGAGCGCAGGCUGCACUCAGCCCCGCCCCAGGUCUCCAGCACCAGGUCUGACGCCCCCCACGUCACAGAAGACACCCCUUUGCUGAGGAAUUCCUCACAGGAGAAAAGGUCACGGUACAUGCCUGUUUACCAUGGGGAAUUGGUCACCCCCGAAGAGUCAUGGGAGAACAGCUCAGCUGAGUGGGAGCAGAGAUACCUGCUGAGCAGAGAGGCACCUGGGCUGUCUACCUCCGCCUCCUCAGAGAAGGGAGACCUUCCGGACAGCGUGCACCUCCGAUCCCGCCUGCCGAAGCUGAGGCGCUGCGCCCGGUGGCCGAAGGUCACAGGCCUGUUUGUCUCCGUGGAGUCCCCCCCCCCGCUGCUGCCAGGGCUGCUGCAGCUGGAGAGAGCGGGGCUGCAGCAGGCCGUCUUAGUAUCAAAGAGAGCCGCACUCCGAAUCUUGUUCAGCCUGUACCCAGACCAGGGGAAGUCGUGGCAGCUGCUGGCCGUGUCUCCGUCCGAAAGCUACUCUGUGAACCUCAGCAGCCACGCGGAUGCCACGCUGCUCCAGGUGGACCUGGCGGGGGCGCUGGUGGCCAGUGGGUCGGGCCGCCCUGGGAGAGAAGAGCUCGUGGUGGUGGAGGUGACCCAGGCAGACGUUCCGGGCUCCAGACGGCGGCCACCGCAGGUCACUCACAACUGGACGGUGUUUCUUGAUGUGAGGAAGAGUGCGCACGCGGUGCUGAGCAGGACCUUCAAGAUCCCGAGCAGAGAGACGGUUUCCAUCAGCGUCCGGGCGUCCCUCCUGCAGACGCCGGCUGUCCCUCUUCUGCUGGCUCACCAGUACCUCCGUGCAAGCGUAGAGGUGCAGGUGGCCAUCGCGGCGGCCAUCCUCACGGGGGUCUAUGUGCUGAUCAUCUUUGAGGUGGUGCACAGGACCCUGGCGGCCAUGCUGGGCUCCCUCGCAGCGCUGGCAGCCCUGGCUGUGAUUGGCGAUAGACCCAGCCUGGCCCGCGUGGUGGCGUGGAUCGAUUUCGAGACGCUGGCCCUGCUGUUCGGCAUGAUGAUCUUAGUAGCCAUAUUUUCAGAGACGGGCUUUUUCGAUUACUGUGCUGUAAAGGCGUACCAGCUCUCACGAGGACGCGUGUGGGUCAUGAUCACCGUGCUGUGUCUCAUGGCGGCCGUGCUGUCGGCCUUCCUGGACAACGUCACCACGAUGCUCCUGUUCACACCCGUGACCAUCAGGCUGUGUGAGGUACUCAAUCUUGACCCCAGGCAAGUCCUGAUUGCAGAAGUGGUCUUCACCAACAUCGGCGGGGCUGCCACCGCCAUCGGGGACCCCCCGAACGUCAUCAUUGUCUCCAACCAGGAGCUGAGGAAGCUGGGCCUGGACUUCGCGGGCUUCACGGCGCACAUGUUCGUGGGCAUCUGCUUCGUGCUCCUGGUCUCCCUCCCGCUGCUCAGGCUCCUCUACUGGAACCGGAAGCUGUACAACAAGGAGCCCAGCGAGGUCGUGGAACUGAAGCACGAGAUCCACGUGUGGCAUCUGACUGCACAGCGCAUCAGCCCGGCCAGCCGCGAGGAGACGGCGGUGCGUGCCCUGCUGCAGGGGAAGGUGCUGGCCCUGGAGCACCUGCUGGCCCACCGGCUGCGCAGCUUCCACAGACAAAUCUCACAGGAGGAUAAAAACUGGGAGACCACCAUCCAGGAGCUGCAGAAAAAGCACAGGGUAUCCGACCGCAUCCUGCUCGUCAAGUGCCUGGCGGUGCUCAGCUUCGUCAUCGCCUCCUUCUUCCUCAACUCCUUUGUCCCUGGCCUUCACCUUGAUCUCGGAUGGAUUGCUAUCCUGGGCGCCAUCUGGCUGCUGAUUUUAGCCGACAUCCACGAUUUCGAGAUCAUUCUACACAGGGUGGAGUGGGCCACGCUCCUGUUCUUCGCUGCACUCUUUGUGCUGAUGGAGGCCCUGGCGCACCUCCACCUGAUAGAGUACGUCGGCGAGCAGACCGCCUCCCUCAUAAAGGCGGUCCCCGAGGACCAGCGCCUCACGGCCGCCAUCGCCCUGGUGCUGUGGGUCUCGGCGCUGGCGUCCUCGCUGAUUGACAACAUCCCAUUCACUGCCACGAUGAUGCCCGUGCUCCUGAACCUGAGCCAAGACCCCGAGGUCAGCCUGCCCGUGCCGCCACUCAUGUACGCCCUGGCCCUUGGCGCCUGCUUGGGAGGUAACGGCACGCUGAUCGGAGCCUCGGCCAACGUGGUCUGCGCAGGGAUCGCCGAGCAGCACGGGUACGGGUUCUCGUUCCUGGACUUCUUCAGGUUGGGCUUCCCGAUGACGGUGGUGUCCUGCACGGUUGGCAUGUGCUACCUCCUCGUCGCUCACGUAGUGAUGGGAUGGACUUGAGGGCCGCUCGUGGGAGAAGAAAACGCUCACCCUGGACACACUGGGCUCGACCUUUGCCACUCACUCGGGCGGCUGCUGGGAAGCCACGGCCCCCUCCAGGACCCUUUCUCCCCGAGGACAGACGUGGGGGACACGGGGAUCUCACUCGGGAUCUCCUACGGGCAGAUCCAGUCUAGUCUAGAGCAGACGCGUCUACACCAAAUCGCUGGCCUGUGUGUCUUCUCCGCGGCUGUGUCUCUCCCUGCAAUCUGUUUUAUGUUAAAGUAGUCAGCACUCAGAUUGUACCCUCCUGAAGUAGACUCUUGGAAAAGGCACUCUGCUUGUGAGUAAACAUUUUGAAUAUUUCACAAAAUAAACUUUUCCUGG